UCGAAAUGUUAUUACUCAUCGCUAGUUCCCGCCGAUCGCAAAAUAUAAUGUUUGGAAUGUUGUGAAAUUUAUUGUAUUGCUUAUUCUUCUCCUUGUCCCUUUUUGUUUGUGCUGUUUAAUGGAAGAGAAGCGCUACCUUAAGCGCAAGGAAAAGGCGCGCAGCGAUGGUAAUCGAGAUCAGGUGGCAGUCAGUUGCAACCAGCUGGGCGACUUCUACAACCAGCAGGGCAAAUACACCGAUGCAGUCAGGGAAUAUGUCCAGGAGGCCCAGAUAUACGCCUCUAUGGGCAAGGAACUGGAGACGGCCAAGGCCAAGAGGAUGGUCGGCGAGAUGUACACGCUGCUGUGCGACUACGAUGCAGCAAAGGAUCACAUCAACGAUUACCUGAAGAUUGCGAAACGAUUAAAGAAUCAGGUGGAGGAACAGCGAGCCUAUGCCACUUUGGGACGUGUUCAUCUUCUGCACGGCCAGAGCCUGGCGGACAGUUCCGCUUCCGGAUCAAUGGAGCAACUUAAACUGGCCGAGAAGAACUUUCUUCGCAGCCUGCUGCUGAUCAAAGACCUUUCAGGUCAGAUUUCGAAGCUAGAGCAGUUGGAUAUGCAAGCUCGCUGCUACCUGAACAUCGGCGUAGUUAAGGAGCACAUGGAAGCUUUCCAAGAGUCCAUUGAGUACAUCGACAAAGCCAUUAAGAUCAGCAAAACACAUGAGUUGUGGGACCUGACCCAUUUGUGCUACAUUUCAAUGAGCUUGCUCUACAUUUGCAAAAAGAACGACGCAACGGCUGCGCUUCGAUUUUGCAAUAUGGCUUUGGAGGUGGCAAAGCGGUUUCCAAACAAGGUUAAGAAGAUCUGCGAGACGCUUAUCACCAAGGCAGAGAUUCUUAUUAAGGCAGGAGACUUUGCCAGCGCCAAGCAAAUACUUACCAAGGCUUACAAGAAAAACACGCCGGAUGAGAAUGAUCGUGUGAAUAUUGAGAAGCAGCUAAGAAUCGUAGUCAAAGUCUGCCAGACACUAGAUGAACUGGUACUUACCAGUUCCGUAGACUAUGCCAAAUUGAAGGGCCUGUACGAGAAACUCGGCGACGGUUGCUGUCAUCUGAUGAACUACGAGAAAGCUCUGACUUAUUACCAAAAAAUGUUAGAAAACGCUGAGCUCAAUCAGGAAAGUGGCAAAAGCCUGGUGCCCAUCUAUGUGAGUCUCUAUCAAACAUACCGAGACAAUGGACAGUUUGACAAGGCCUUGGAGUACCUGUGGAAAGAGUUUGAGCUAAACCAGGAUGCUCCUUCAGAGGCGUUCACCACGCUCUGCACAAUUGCCGAGAUAUGCGAGCAGCAGUCACAUCCUUUUUGGACCGUUCACGAUGUUUACCAGAAGGCUCUGCGACAAGCCGAUAAGGCUGGGAGCUGCUCUGACAAGCUGGUAAAGAUUGCUAUGGUCAGACUGAGGCGGCUAAUGCUGAAGCAUAACAUGCAAGUUCUUGUUGAAAAUCUGGAGGCGGAUGCAACAGCCAAGGGCAUUGAUCUGGAUCAGGAAGAAAGCGUGGGCGACGAUGAAGAAGAAUCGGACGGCGGCGGGACUGCCGUCCAGCAAAAUACUCCCGACUGGGACGACGAUUUCGAUCUGGCCACCCUAACCGACUCGGAUGCCAGUGAUCUGGAUGAGACUGAGAAACCACGUCCACAGAGAACCACACGCGGUAAUAGAACCCUUGUCAUUAAGAAGAACAACAAGGGCGAGACACAGCUGCAUCAGGCGUGUAUAUCGGGUAAUCUGGAACUGGUGAGACGUCUAAUCGACCAGGGACACACGGUCAAUGUGCGAGAUCACGCUGGAUGGCUUCCAUUGCACGAGGCAUGUAACCAUGGUUACCGCGAGAUUGUUGAGCUGCUAUUGGACAAGGGAGCCGCGUCUGCCAUUAACGACAAGGGCGGAACCAGUUGCGACGGAAUUACUCCACUUUUCGACGCCUGCUCCAAUGGUUUUUUGGAUGUGGCUGAACUCCUGCUGGACCGUGGAGCAGAUGCCACUGUACGAACAGACUACAAUGAGACCUGCAUUGCUGGACUGGACAAGUGGCGCCAGGGAGCGCAGCUGGUGGACGGCGAACAAGCGCAGUAUGCCCAACUACGAGAGCGAUUACUACGAACGCUUUCCAAGGUUGGCAUCUGUAGUGAUAAGAAUGCUCGUCCUUUAACCAAUUUCAAUGCAAAAAGAAUAAGUAGGGAAGAGCGUGGCAGCAUGUCAGAGGAAGAGGAUGAGGAAGAAGCUCUUCACGAGAGCAAUAGAAGAUCCUUAAGUCACAACCGUUCAGGAAGUGAAUAUGGUGCUAAGAAAUCCAAGAGCUCAACCCAACCAAGUGCUAGCAAGGAAUAUCGAAGUGUUAUGGCGCACCUAAAAAGACCCAACCGCCUUAACGAUGAUCCUCCCAGCACCAGCACUUUGAACAAACAUAAACGGAAUGCCUUUCUAAGCGAAGAUGAGGUGGAUGCUGAUAACUGGCUAAUUGAUGAUGUUGGACCGGAACGGAAACGCAAGCGCAUUAACUCUGGAGAUUUAAGUAGGCGAACCUCUAAAGAGAAUUUUCAAGACACCGCCUUAUCCUUGCCGGCAAACUGGGAAGAUGAUCUUCUGCAGGCCACUCCGGAAAACGAAUACUCGCAGCGUCAGAAACAAAUGCGUAAACUAACCCUCUCCCGCUCCUCCAGCAUGAGUAGCAACCAUAGCAGCUCAGCAACUUCUAGUAGAAAAAAGCAUCAAGCCACUCUAUUGGACAGCGGGUUCAGUCGGUUCCGGAGCGAAAGUCCUUUGGGCAGUGAAUCCUCGCAGGAUGGCACCACCUCGUUGAUUAGCGUGCGCACCAUUGAACCUGAUUCCACUACGAGCACCAUUCAAGUGCUCAUCUCUCCGGCAAAAUCAUCACCCAUUAAGGUGCAAGCUACUCCCGUUCUAGCCACAACUGUGUCAUUUAAAGUCAAAAUCCAGGACGAGCUGUUACUAGUGCCUAUCGAACGGAAAAAACUGCAAGAUAUUAACAUUCGUUGGCUUGCUGAAGAAGCCGGAAGACGUUAUAACAAGCUAACUGGUUUAACACCUCUCCUGCGACUCAAGACUGCUGAUGGCUUUGCCUAUGAGGAAACCGACCCGGUUAGUGUAGCCCUUGAGCAAAACAUGCUAAUGGCAUCUAUUCUGGAUUGGAAAAUAUCACCGCUUUCACAGCGGUAUGAAGAGAUGUGUCUGCAAAUGCAAAAGACCGUGGAUAACAAGGUAAAGCUUCUAUUGGAGCGUUCGCAAAAUAAUAAUAUGCUGGAGCUCUCGGGCUUGUGGAUGCGCGCUGAAAAAACCGAACCCAUAUUCAAGGCACUUCUCCAUCAAGCUCGUCUCACCGUUUUGGAUCUAUCAUGCAACUUUAUUGGCAACGAGGGAUGUCAGCAGUUAGCAAAGUCGCUGCCCACAUUGCUUCAACUCAAGGCACUGCGAUUGCAAUGCAAUGCGAUUGGAUCCCAUGGAUUGGAAGCUUUGCUAUGUGGCCAAGGCAUGGACAAACUAGAGCUCUUGGAAGAGUUAAAUUUAAAUCAGAAUCCAUUGGGAAAUGCGAGCGUAAGGAUUCUUAGCAAAUAUUGUGCCAGUCCCGCUGGUCAAGCUCUGACAUGCCUUCAACUUGCUCAAUGUGAACUGACGGAACUGCAGGAUUUUGACCUGGGAUUCAAUAAGUUGACGCGAUUUGAUAUCAGCUUUAAUCAACUUACACAGCAGAGUGUGCGUCGGCUAACGGAUCAACUGAAUAGUUGCCGGCUGGAGCAAUUGAAUCUCAGUUAUGUGCGCUGGCCCCUCGACGAUGCAAGUGGAUUUGCGUUGAGUGAGCGCCUGGUUACGCUUUUCGAAGGUGGUACCUGCGAGCGAUUUGUCGGAGUGCAGCUCGCUGGCUGCGGCUUGAACGAUGCGCAUAUGUACAAUAUCAGCCAGCAUUUGGCCAAAGCCAAACAACUACAGAUGUUGGAUAUCAGUGAUAAUAGCAAUUUAAGUGGAACUACUCUUGGAUACAUAUUAGAUGAACUACCUCAAUUACGCGAUCUUUUGGCCGUUAAUUGUACAAAUCUACUGGAUGACAUUCGUCUGCAAAAACUCGAACAACUAAAGCAGCUGCCCAGGCGCUUAGAAUUAACAGUUGAUGAGCAGGUGUUCUCCAUGCCAGGAGCCCUGGAAACACUUCAGUCCAUUUGGCAGCUGCAAUUUGGAGACAAGGCCAAAAUGUUGACCACAUCAAAUAGCCGGAAAAUUGGAAGGCGGUACAAAGGUCUACUUAAGCUACUCGCUGAUGGAAGCGAUGCGGAAUAGUGUAGUCUCAUCAUGUGUAAACCAUUUCCUUGUGUUGUAUGUCCCAGAGCAUUUUUUAUUGUUUGACAAUUAUAUAGCAAAUCUAAGUACAGUAAGUCUUAUCGUUCAGUUGAUAGCAGAACAGCGAUUCGUUGAACCUAAGUAGAACAAACACUCAGCCCCCACAGGGCUUAUCUUAUCAAUGGAUGAUAGCUAGCGAAAUAAUUUGCGAUGGUCUAGACUCUACAAUUUUGGGGGUAAGUGAGGGCAAGAUUAGAGAAACUUGAAAUAUUAAGAAUUAGUAAACAUACUAACGCACUGACUGUUUGCUUACUUCUUCCUUCCUUUUAUACACUUGAGGAAUAAGUAAUUCCUUAGAAAUUACCAAGUGCCAUUUAUACAACAUUUCCCUCAACAGACAAAUCACAAUCAAUGAUUUAUAUUUUCUUGUAAUUAUUUACUUAUUGUACUUUAUUAAUCGGAUUUGUGAAUGUGUCUACAAUGAGCAUGACAACUGAUGAGGUGAAUGGAGAUGAGGAAUCCUAGUUAAAACUGACUUAGGCUUGACCCUUAGCAGCCUCGUACAUGUUUCGGGAAAUGAUGAGGCGCUGGAUCUGAGAAGUACCUUCGUAGAUUUGGUAGAUCUUGGCAUCACGCAUCAGCUUCUCCACGGGAUACUCGCUGUUGAAGCCGUUGCCUCCAAAGAUCUGGACGGCAUCGGAGGCAAUCUUGUUGGCCAUAUCGGCGGCAUGGCACUUGGCAAUGGAGGCAUAGUAGCUGUUGCGGCGUCCCUGGUCGAUUUCCCAGGCGGAGAGACGCCACGCCAGACGGGAUGUCUCCACACCGAUGGCCAUAUCAGCCAGCAUGAACUGCACAGCCUGGUGGUAAGCGAUGGGCACGCCAAAGGUCUUGCGUUCCAGCGCGUAUUUAAGAGCCUCAUCCAAGCAACGCUGGGCCAAACCCACAGCUCCGGCAGCAACUGGAGGACGCGUCUUAUCAAAGGUGCCCAUGGCAAUUUUGAAACCGGCACCCUCGCCAAUCAGCACAUUUUCCUUGGGCACGCGCACAUCCUCGAAGGUGAUGCCACGCGUGUCGGAGGCGCGCUGUCCCAUGUUCAACUCCUUGCGGCCGGGCGUUAGUCCGGGACUGUCGCGCUCCACAAUGAACCCGGUGAAGGCCUUGCUGGGCGGGCACUUGGGAUCCGGAUUGGUGCGGGCCAGCACAAAGUACCAGUUCGCCACACCACCGUUGGUGAUCCACAUCUUCUGGCCGUUGAUUACCCACUCAUCACCCUUCUUCUCGGCGCGUGUCUUGAUGCCGGACACAUCGGAUCCUGCUCCGGGCUCUGUAACACAAUAGGCGGCGACAAGUGGCUCCUCCAGCAGGCGGCCCAGGUACUUUUUCUUCUGUUCCUUGUUACCGGACAGGAUCACAGGAGUUUGCUAUGAAAGAACGUGGCGUUUCGAUCAUCUUGCCGUAAAUAGACAUGACUUUAAACUUACGCCCAGACCACUAGCCUCUAAGGCGGUCAUGAUGCCAGUGCAGCCAUAGGCCAACUCCUCGGCCGACAAGCAGGUGGUGAACACAUCGAGAUCCAGGCCACCAAUAUCAGCAGGAAUGUGGUUGUUCAUCAGGCCCAGUUCCCAGGCCUUCUUGAUGAUGGGCCACGGGUACUCGCCGCUCUUGUCGUACUGGGCGGCCACCGGGAUGAUCUCCUCACGGGUGAACUUACGUGCCAGUUCCUGCAGCUGCAGCUGAUCCUCGGUGAGUGCGAAAGAGGUGCCAUUGGGCGAAACGUGUGACACGGCGGCGUAGGCGCGACUUUGGGACACCAACUGGCGCAGGGCAGGCGCAGCAAGCUGGAUUUUCGGAUAUUGGAUAUCGGAUUUAAAGUCAACUGGUAAACAAGUGUUUAUCGAAAUGCAAAAUGAAAAUGUAGAAAUAAUCAGAACAACAACAAAGUUGACCGCGAAUUAAUCUUAACUACAAGCAACAAAUAAAAUGGGCCAACUACGUAUGU